AUGCAUUUGGUGUAUCUGGGAGUGAUGAUAAAACUGAUACAAUUUUGGGUUCAUGGCAGAAUGAGUGCGAGAUUGAAGAAACAUGACCUGGAAACAAUUUCUAAGCAUUUGAAUGCGAUCAAACCUUGUAUCACAGAUACUUUGGACAAAGCUCGAAAGAAGGCAGAAGAUAUGUCAUACACAGAUGAAACAGACACAGAAAAAGGUAGAGGAAAAAGGAUUAAGAAAAAAAAGCAAUUGAGCCAUAUGUCUGAUGAAGAUCAAUCCGAGGAUGAAACAGAAAUGGAGAUAGGUAUAGAUGAGAGACAGAAAAGAAGACAAAAAUCUUGUGACACAUCUGAGGAAAAAAAUCUUUCAAAAAGAAAUUUGCCUCUUCCUAAAGUACCGAUGCCGUGGGAAUCUCAAUUGGGAAAAACACAUUCUCAGGGAACAAAACUGAUAACUGAACUAUUAUCACCAGAAAUAAUGAGACAGGAGGAUAUUCUUGAUGAAACAACAGCUGAAUCAGUCAAUGAUGAGGACCCACUUAAUAUAUCAUCCUUCGGACAAGACCCAUCACAAAGAAGAGAAAAUUCCUUUGAAUAUUCAGAAACCCAGGACAAUUUGGAAACAGAAGAUAAUUCAGGAACAGAAGAUAAUUUGGGAACAGCAAUAGAAAACUCCAACUGUGAUCAUAGUACCAUUCUGAGAAGAAUACUAUUCUCUAUAACUGAAACCAAAUUGUUGGUUGGAGAAAUACGUAAAAAUUUAAUUGAAACUAAAAGGGUGAAAUUCCUUAAAUCGAUCGGAGGGAAAGAUUCAAAAGAACACAUACACAGAAUAUUGAAGACAUUCUUUGAAGAUACUUUUGCAGUGAACUGUUCUUGGUUGGGGCAGCGAGAAAACAUCAGAAUGACAGAUUUGAGGGUAACAAAACUUUUAAGAAAUGUAGUACUAGAGGUGCAUGGAGAGAAUAAUAAAAAAGUGUAG